CACAAAUCAAGUCGACAUCCUGCACAACUGAGAGCUGAGGAUGACUUCCACAGCAGCACGACUGGCCCGUCAAAAGGAGAAGGAACAUGGCGUUGGCACCAACCAGCAGGCAGUGAAGUUCUCCCAUCAAGAUUAUAAAACUUUGCGCCAGCAGUGUCUGGAGAGUGGACAACUGUUUGAGGACAACUGCUUUCCGGCUGAGAGGAAAUCCCUGGGCUACAACGAGCUGGGACCAUACUCAUCCAAGACCAGGGACGUGGUCUGGAAGAGGCCAACGGAGCUCUGUUCCAACCCGAAGUUCAUCGAUGAUGGAGCCACAAGGACGGACAUUUGCCAGGGAGCUCUAGGUGACUGCUGGCUUCUGGCUGCAAUAGCCUCUCUGACUCUCGACCACAGGAUCCUGGCUCGUGUGGUGCCUCCAGGACAGAGUUUCACCGAAGAUUAUGCCGGGAUAUUUCACUUCCAGUUCUGGCAGUUUGGUGAGUGGGUGGAUGUGGUGAUCGACGACCGUUUGCCCACCAGAAAUGGAAAGCUGCUGUUUGUUCACUCAGCCGAGGGCUCUGAGUUUUGGAGUGCACUGCUGGAGAAAGCCUACGCUAAGGUGAAUGGCUGCUAUGAAGCUCUGGCAGGUGGAAACACUAUUGAGGGUUUUGAGGAUUUCACAGGAGGAAUUGCAGAAAUCUACAUUUUAGACAAGGCUCCAGCAAACCUCUUCCAAAUCAUACGGAGAGCCCUGCGCCUGGGCUCACUGCUGGGCUGCUCCAUUGAUAUAACCAGUUCCUAUGAGACAGAGGCAGUUACUGCUCUCAAACUUGUGAAAGGACAUGCGUACUCAGUCACUGGUGCAGAAGAGGUUCAUUACCAAGGCCGGCUGGUUCAGCUGGUCCGCAUCAGGAACCCAUGGGGUCAGGUGGAGUGGAAGGGGCCUUGGAGUGACGGAUCCAGUGAAUGGACACACAUCAGUGAAGAAGAGAAAGUAAACCUGAACCAUGUGGCUGAAGAUGGAGAGUUCUGGAUGUCUUACUCAGACUUCAUCAGGCAGUUCUCCAGUCUGGAGAUCUGCAACUUGACCCCAGACUCACUCAAGAGCGAUAAUGUGGGCCACUGGAACCAUUACCAGUUUGAAGGGAUGUGGAGGAUCGGCUCCACUGCUGGUGGCUGCCGCAAUCAUACCGCCACAUUCUCAUCCAACCCACAGUUUGUGGUGUGUCUGGAGGAUGUGGAUGAUGAUCCUCUGGAUGGGGAGGAUGGAUGCACAUUUCUGGUGGGGCUGAUGCAGAAGAAUGGACGACAGCAGAAGAGGCUCGACCGUGGGCUUGAGACCAUUGGCUUUGCCAUUUAUAAGGUCCCAGAUGAGUACAAAGGCCGCAGCAAUGUUCAUCUCGGACCUGAUGUCCUGCUGCGACAGAGAGCUGUGGCCAUGAGCAGCAACUUUAUCAACACACGUGAAGUGUGUGACCGCUUCAAACUUCCUCCAGGGGAAUACGCCAUCGUUCCCUCAACCUUCCACCCUCACAAGAACGCCAGCUUCGUUCUCAGGGUGUUCUCAGAGAAACAGGCUGCAACCAGUCUGCUGGAGGAGGACAUUGAUGCUAAAAUAGAAGAGGAAGAGAUAUCUGAGAGUGAUGUGGAUCCUCAUUUCAAGCAUCUCUUCAAGCAGAUUGCUGGCAAUGACAUGGAGGUCUCUGCCUUUGAGCUGGUUAAAAUUUUGAACAACGUCGUCUCUCACCGGUCUGAUAUCAAGACAGAUGGAUUCAGCCUUGAGACAGGUCGGCUGAUUGUCAGCUUGCUGGAUAAAGAUGAAAGCAACAUGUUGGGACUGAUGGAGUUCCACCUGCUUUGGAGCAAAAUCCAGAAAUAUCUGGAGAUCUUCAAGAAUCACGACACAGACAACUCUGGCACCAUGAGCUCCCACGAGAUGAGAGGCGCUGCCAACGAAGCAGGUUUCCAUGUCAACACCGUUGUGUUGCAGGCCAUUGUCGGUCGCUACGCUGAUGCUCAGUAUGCCAUAGACUUUGACAGCUUUGUGGGCUGCCUCAUUAAACUGGAAAUGCUCUUCAAAAUGUUUAAGGCUCUGGAAAAAGCUGACUCGAGGAAGAUUGAGCUGGACAUGCAACAGUGGCUGUGCCUGGCGAUCUACUAGCUCUGCAGACAACACAAGCAAGGACUUCAGCAGGAAGACAAAGUUCAGCUAUCAAUCCAUUACAACUCACAUUUAAUUUUAGAGAUUAGGUAAACCCAAUGAGCGAGUCAUUUCACAUAUACUCUGCAUCUUCCAAAUGCUUAAAAUGACAUUUGCUAAACAUGUACAUGGGGAAACUUAUGUCAAGUGAAAAUGUCAAG